AUGGGGCAGCAGUUCAGCUGGGAGGAGGCGGAGGCUGCCGGGGAGAUGGACGUGGCGGAACUGCAGGAAUGGUACAAGAAGUUUGUGGUGGAGUGUCCCAGUGGGACGCUCUUCAUGCACGAGUUCAAGCGCUUCUUCAAGGUCACCGGCAAUGAGGAGGCCACCCAGUACGUGGAGGGCAUGUUCCGUGCCUUCGACAAGAAUGGGGACAACACCAUUGACUUCCUGGAGUACGUGGCGGCACUGAAUCUAGUGCUGAGGGGCACCCUGGAGCACAAGCUUAAGUGGACCUUCAAGAUCUAUGACAAGGACCGCAAUGGCUGCAUCGACCGCCUGGAGCUGCUGGACAUUGUGGAGGCGAUUUACAAGCUGAAGAAAGCCUGCCGAGCGGAGCUGGACCUGGAGCAGCAGGGCCAGCUGCUCACCCCUGAGGAGGUGGUGGACAGGAUCUUCCUCCUGGUGGAUGAGAAUGGAGACGGCCAGCUGUCUCUGACCGAGUUUGUUGAAGGAGCCCGUCGAGACAAGUGGGUAAUGAAGAUGCUACAGAUGGAUGUCAGCCCUGGCGGCUGGAUCACCCAGCAAAGGCGGAGAAGUGCCAUGUUUUGAGCCCGGGGACC